AUACCUCGACUACCAACGAAAUUUAUCAAAUGGAAACGGAGAACCGAGUUGGUUUCAGUCCCCUUGGUUGUAUGUGGAGUGUUAUAUGUAUCGAAGAAUUCACGCAGCACUAGCACAGAACCCACCUAUUGACAACUUUGAUGUAUUUAAGGAAGGAAAGGCUCAAAAUUUCUUUGAAUCCCAAGAGGCUGUUAUUGCCUUAUGCACUUACUUUCAGGAACUUCUUAAGAACAUCAAGGAUCUAGACGAAAAGCAACUUCAGGAGGAACUCUUUAACCUGUUGCAGGUGUCACUGUGGGGCAAUAAGUGUGACCUUUCUUUUUCAGCUGGUGAAGACAGCUCUCAGAAAUCCAGUCCUUUACAAUCCCUGGAAAACAUGAUACCUUACAUCUUAGUGAAUGACAUGGAAAAGCUUUGGUCACUGCUUGUAAACGCCAGAAAAAGAAAUACAGAAAAAAGUAAUGUUAGAGUUGACAUAAUCCUGGAUAAUGCCGGAUUUGAACUUGUAAGUGAUCUUGUGUUGGCUGACUUCCUGUUAUCGUCCAAGCUAGCUGAUGAAGUCCAUUUUCAUGGAAAAAGUAUUCCAUGGUAUGUGUCAGAUACCACAAAGCAUGAUUUUAACUGGACUAUUAAACAACUGCAGUCAGCUAAUCAUAUGUGGAUGUCUAGAUGUGGGAUAAACUGGGAGGGCAAUUUGAAAAAGGGAGUUUGGGUUUACCAUGAUCACAUGUUUUGGACUUUGCCACAUGACUUUUCCAGCAUGGCUGAAGUUGCUCCUGACUUGUAUGCCGAUCUACAGCAGUCAAACUUGCUCCUUUUCAAAGGUGAUCUAAACUAUCGAAAAUUAACAGGAGAUAGAAAAUGGGAAUAUACUGUUCCGUUUCAUCAAGCCUUGAACAAGUUUCAUCCUGCGCCCCUCUGUAGUUUGAGAACACUGAAAUCUGACACUCAGGUUGGCCUAAAACCUGGACAAGGUGAACAAAUUCAGGCUUCUGAACCUGAAUGGAUGGUUGCUUUCAAGCUGUUACUUCUCGGAACUCACAAUGCAGAUCAUUGAAAAUUAGUAUUCUGAAGUGAUGAUAGAGUCCUACAAAAUGCUAAAUCACUUAGGACAUGCAGCAGUAUUUGCUCAGUAUUACUGAAUCAUCUCAUUGGAGAUUGUUGCAUUAAUGUUUGUGAGGAAGCAGCGUGGUGAUUUCAUGAGUACUGUAAGACAUGUAGUUCUUAGAUUAGCGUUUGAAUGCUAAUGUAAGACAUGAUGUCAUGCUGGGGGGGGAAUUAAAAUAGUUCUAUUCUCCAGUUUAUUAAGUGAGCACUUUUCAUCUUUUGCCCCUCACAAAGAGAAGUUUAUAUGGUAAUAUACAGUGUGACUACAUAGUUACGUGAGGAAUGCACAGCCGUAACUUCCAAAUACUUAAUUGCUUGACUUCUAUAGCUGUAAUUGCGAAGUGCUAUCUAUAGACAGAACUGAAUAUGCAGCAUACUUUUCUGUUUGUUGGUUGGCUAUAUUUUUGUAAAAUUUGGAUUGAUUCUGUGAAGAAAAAAAAAAUGGUGCUGUAAUGCCAGUGUUACAUUCUUCCACGCCACAAAAAAGUAGUGAAGACACGAUAUUCCGAUGAGGCACGGUGCUCUGCUGUUGGGUUAGCUACAGUUCAGUUGAAAAUAGGAAAUGCUUUUGUAGAUACUCAGUGCUAGUUACGUGUGUAAUAUAGCUUCAUGAAAUGGCAGCAUGUGCCUACUGCAUUUAGGUGGAAUUCGCUGUUAUACAACAUAAAGCAUAUGUUAUAACAAUAGCAUGUGCUAUAAUACAGCAUAAUUUUUUUUCUUGAGUAUUCAAGAAAGUUGCUUCUGUACAUCUGUGUUACAACUGGUUGCCCAAAAUGCUUGUACAGCGUAACUCAGGAGUUACUGAUUUGUAUACCCAAAUUCUUGAGAUUUUCAUUUCAUGUUCCAUUUGAAUACUUAUAACAAAAACAAGGGCAUUUUCAGUAAUUCUGAGGACCACAACAGACCAACGUCUUUUGACUUCUAUUUUUUUAUUCUACCUUUUGAGCAACUGUAUUUGUAAAUCGGUUUUUGAAAGAGAUUAUUUUCACUUGUGAUGAAACUGGCACAAUGAAAGCCAGUACACACAUCUGUCUGAACACUUGAUAAUUCAUUAGAUAAGAUACGUACAAUAAUUCCGUAUGUAUAUAAGGCUUCUUAAAAUAAAUAGAUGUGGAAAAUAAGUUGAUUGUAUGACUGGAAACGGUUGCAAGAAUAUUGAAAUAAAUUUAUAUAAUUUUGUGCAAAAAAACAUCAUUAUACUAUUUCAGUAGCUGGGAAAGCCAACUUAAAAUAAUUCAGGUCUUAGUUCCUGAAGUUUUUUUUUCUCUGAAACGGAUUUUAUACAAAAAUCUGUAAAGCAUAUUUAUCCAAUGAGGUUUUGAAAGAUAGAUGUAAGAGAUGGGUAUCAUAAAAAUGUUCCUCUUCAUCAAGACAGGGCAGUAUUAGGGAAGUUUCUACCCUGUAACUCUACCAAUAUUCUUGUUCAAAUUUCAAAACCUUAAAAAGCAUUGAGAAUCUCUUAAAAUGUAUCUGGUAAUUACUUAUUAAGGUAGGUGCAGCUGAUGAUGUUAUCAGGAUCACUUUCCAAACCGAUAGGUGCUCCAUGUGUUCUCAGCAAAAACUGAAAUAUUUGUGUUACACUUGCUGUAACUAAAAUAUUUCCAAAUCACUUUGUUUUACACACCUUACUGAUUUCCCAUAAACCCUAACUAUUGUUGUUGAAAUAGUUCUUUUAAAGUUCAUAGUGUAUCUGCAUUCAUGGUUGAACUACUUAACUACUUGUUCCAUGUGAAGCAUAUUUAUCUCCUGUACUCUGUCAGACAGCAUAGGAAAAAUGUUCACUUUGUUGCAUGAAAAUCACCACAUGAAAUGUUUUUAAUCUAAAAAAACCUAAAUCAUGUCUAAAAUACAAAUUCCAAAAUGGAGUUUUGUACAGAACUGUUAGCUUUUUUUCAUUAAACAGUUUGUUUGCUUUACCCAAAACUACAGAACAAAAGUUUGGGAUGAUUUUUAUUUAAAGCAAAAAUACAAGUUCAAAAUCACCUACGACUUACCUAAGGAUUUUAAAAUAAAACUGUGAAAAUGUGCUGGUUAAAAUGGUCCUUUUAUUUCUUUCCAAUACGGCAGUGGCAGAAAGCAUGUGGGGAAAAAGUUUCCUAUACCAUGGACUGUUUAUGUUUUUGUAUUUGGUUGUGGGGUUUUUUCCCCAAAACAGGUUUUCAAAACUUACGUGAAUUUUUAUUCUAGCUGAUACAGAUAUAUUUCUAUUUCUGUCAGCCCUGGAAAUAAAAAGGCCACUUAAAUAAAUUUAUAUAGAUGAAUUAAUCCACAUUCUGUCUCAGCUUUACAGUUGUGAAUUCUGCAGAUAUAUUGUGAGAAGGGUUUUUAUUUACCCUUCUUUUUGAGGUUUGGCUCAUUGGCUUUGUUUCCACUGGGAAAGAAAUAUAAAUUGUCAUAUUACGAUUGUAUACAAUGAAUAAACAUAUUCA